AUGCAGCCCCAAUAUCGCAACUACGCACAGCAAGUCCCCCAACGCUCUCCUCAUGCUGCAAAUCAGCGUCGGGGAGGGAUAGGGCCAAUGAUGUCGUCUGGUCCCCAUCCCUCUGUGCCAUUAACGCAAGCCCAGAUAGCCCAGCAACAGCAAGCGCAAGCUCACGCCCACGAGCUUGCGAGACGCCGAAGCCGCAAGCCUACCGAUAAGAACAUUCCCGAGGGAGUAGAAGACAGCAUCGUCAACCAAGAAGCAGUUCAGAGAUAUAAAGCACUGAGAGAUGUUGAAAGAACUCUGGACGCUACGAUAACUCGCAAACGGCUUGAUGUCUCCGAGGCAUGUAACCGAAAUAACAACAAGCUCUCUAAAACACUUCGAAUAUGGAUUAGUAAUACGGUUGAAGAUCAAUCUUGGCAGGGCGCUGGGCUAAAUGUUGACACUUUCGAUUUCACAUCCAAUAUGGAAGCAUCAUUUCGCGUCAAGAUUGAAGGUCGUUUGCUAGAUCACGACGAACACGGCAAUAGGCAACCAGGCGUCGGCGAUGGGAAGAUGACAUCAAAUGCUUUAUCACAUAACAGAGAGGUGGCAGAUAAAUCCCAAGAGAAUCAAACCAGCUCCACAGCUUCCGCGACCUAUCGGUUCUCUCAUUUCUUCAAGUCACUAUCUGUUGACUUCGAUUCCUCUCGCUUUCGGAACGGAGGAGCACAGAAUGUUGAAUGGAAAAAACCAGAAUCUACGUCAAAAACUCAAUCUGGGAGUAGCACAGCCUCCGCCUCUGAUUUCGAUGAGCUCACGUUCAAGAGAAACGGUGAUGAAAACAUCAACGUCAUGAUUCACUUGCACCGGCAUGAGUCUCCUGAACGGUAUCAACUAAGCCCCGAGUUAGCUGAGGUUGUUGACAUGUCUGAGGCGACACACCAAGAGGCAGUCGCAGCUCUAUGGGAGUACAUCAGAUUUUGGAACCUUCAAGAGGAUGAAGAAAAAAGGAACUUCCGCUGCGAUGAACUCUUGAGAAAGGUUGUCGGGAGUGGCGAUAUCGGCUACAUCCCAAUGUUGAAUGAUUAUGUGGCUCGGCACCUUCGGCCGCUACCACCAGUCAGUUUGCCAUAUACGAUUCGCGUUGAUGAGGACUUCCAUAAAGAUCCGCAUGCUACAGUCUACGAUGUACAAGUUCUUGUCGACGAUCCUUUACGCAAUACACUACAACCUCUGAUUAAUAAUUCACAAUAUGCAUCGAUGUUGAAGGAUGUUACAGUGCUUGAUGAUCAACUGGCUCGUUUGAUACAAGCCAUCGCAGUCUCAAAAGCCAAGCAUUCGUUCUUUUCGUCCCUGACCGAAGACCCCGCAACCUUUGUCAAGAGCUGGCUUAGUUCCCAAAGACGGGAUCUGGAGGUAAUUCUUGGGGACGCUACCAAAGGCGGAGGUGAUGCUCUAGCGGCUGAUGAAUGGAGGCGUGGAGGUGCAAGCAGCGUUUGGGCAACACAGAACGCGCGUGAAAGUGUUAAUGUGUUGUUGUCCAGACAGCGAUGA